AUGUAUUAAGCGUUAAAAUUGCGGAAAAACAAUUUUUAGGGUGAAAAAUAUUUAGUUUUUAUAUUGCCGAUUUAAUGGUAAUAUCUUUGGUGUUGUCUUUAGUUAAAGUGGUACAUAUUAUUAAUUCAGUUCUGUCUUGAAACAAGUUUUAUUGCCUGUGAGGUACCAACGUGGUCCGUAUCACGUUAAAGGUCAAAAUGGCGUCGACGUUGAAUAUUCCUGAUAACGCACCGGAUGGUAAUAAUCAAGAACUUGAGUUAACGGUUCCUGAUGAUCACGACGAAUUGGAUGAAGAAACAACACAGUUUGAAGAUGUCGAUAUUUAUUUUGAAAAUGAUGAAAAUGAAAUCAGCAGCAGCGAUAAGCCAGCUAUGUACAGCGUGAAACUGUUUGAAAGUUGGUGCAAGCAAAAUGGGCAAAAGAUUAAUUUGAAAACGGAUUCUCCGAAAACCAUCAACCGACUUUUGUCAAAUUUCUACCCAGAUGUUAGAAACAAAACUGGUGAACCAUAUUCUCAUAGUACCCUGUGUCUCUUUAGAUAUGGAUUAAACCGAUAUUUCCAAAAAGAGCUAGUACGUGAGGGGCCCAAAAUUGACAUCAUUGAAGACCCAGAAUUCAAACAAGCUAACAGUAUUUUUAAACAGGUUGUCAGACUUAUGAAAGAACAUAAUCCUGUUCAUGAAGCACAGAUAAUCACACCAGAACAUAUUAGAAGAAUCUAUGCAAGUUAUGCAUUCAGUUUGCUUGAUGCCAAAUGCCUUUUAUACAAAGUAUGGUUUGAAGUAACGGUUUUCUUUGGAAAGCCCAAACAUGAUCAGCAACGCUCACUGAGAAAGGAUGACUUUAUUAUUGGUACUGAUGAGAAUGGCUGUCGCUAUGUUACCAAGGUUGCAAAGAAAGAUAUUGAUGGUGACGGAAGAGUCUUCCCACGAAUGUAUGAGAAAAAAGGAGAUCCACAGUGCCCGGUUGUGUCAUUUGAGAAAUACUUGUCUAAACUGAACAAAGCCUAUUUAUACCUCUUUCAGAGGCCAAAAGACAAAACACCAGUGAAUCCGCAACAACCUUGGUACAUGCCAAUGUCACCUGGCAAAAAUUUCAUGUUCCGGAUGAUGAGUAGAAUUUCUAAACUUGCUAAUUUGGACACAAUCUUCACCAACAGUGUCCUGAAGAAGCUGCACAGAGGUCUGCUGAUUGACAUGUUCCUUCAUCGACAUGACAUGAUUCAGCUGUCAACUGCCAAGACCACUGGUCAGAUGCAUGGACAGACCGAUAUGGAGUCUGGUGCUUCCUUAGACAGCGGUGACAAACAGAAUCCAAUCAACUCCAAAGAGAUUAGCUCAGCUGUAUUAGGAUCCUACAGACCUAUCCUGCCAGCAGAUGCAAAAGAGUCCAUGCAAUCUUCAAAGAAUGUGUCUGGUUCCCUGCAUAGAAAGCUGCAGCUGGUGAAAAUGUGUCCACCCAAACAGAAUGAAGAAAGUAUAUUGGAUGUAAUGGGAAAUAAGCAGCCCAGUACAAAAUGUGGCGUGGAUGAGGCGAAGACAAAAAUCAAGAUGAUUUUCCAGGAGCUCGACUACCCAGACCUGGUGCAGCUUGAUGUUUGGCUCAAGAAAGUGGAAGUACUCAAAGAUACAUCAGGAAAGGUCAUAUGCAGGGAUCCUGCUCCAGUAAUGAAUAACAUCAUCACACUAAAAGAUGAACCAAAACCGAAACGAGAUCUCACUCCAAAGGAUAACCAGCUGCUGAACACUAACAUCACACAAAAAUGUGAUUCCACCCAGAAAGGUUGUCUCGUAUCAAAAAGUGAUGCACCACCAAUUGGUGACCUCGGUAGACCAAAGAAGGAUGCCACACCCAAGGAUGUCAUUGUGGCAAGAGGCAGUCAGACCCAGAAAGGUGGGGUGGCAUCGAAAGGUAAGGUCACACGAAGAUCUGACCCAGUGGAACGAAGAUCUGACCCAGUGGCACGAAAAUCUGAUCCAGUGGCAAAAGGUGAUGCAGUGGCACAAAAUGGUGAUCUAAUUUCAAAAGGUGACACUGCAACACAAAAAGGUGAUCCUGUGCCAAAGGAGGCUGCGAGGGGAAAAGCUGAUCUGUUGCCAAAAGAUGGUGGGACAUCAAAGGUUGACCGGACUUUACCUAGGAUUUAUGGAAAGAAACGCCAGGAAACGGUUGUGAUGUUUCCAGAUGUUAUUGCCAAAAAUCGAAAAAGACCAAACAGCAGGACUCGUGUUUCCCCAUUAACAACUUCAACCUCAAACAAGGUACCAGCAUCUUCUACUGCUUUCACUCCUCCAGCCGAAGUGCCCAUGAACCCAGCACCCAUCAUUGGAGCUAUUGAAGCAGUAAACAUUUUACCCAGCAGUACGACGAGUUACGAGACGUCCCCAGAGCCAGCCAGCACGGCACCACCAGACAUUCCAGCAUCUGCCGACAUCCAGGUGAAGGUGGAGCCAGAGUGUGCUUCCAAUCACGCCACCACUGCAUCAACAGUUCUCUCGACCCCAUCCUCAACCGACCUGGCCUCCACGGCUCCCUCGCAGGUAGAGAUGGUCCUGCCUCAAAGCAGUCCUUCUGUCUGGCACAUCCCACAGCUGCAGCCACACCAGGUGGAGGACAUUAAACCAGAGAGAGAUAUCCUCUCGUUGUCGGUGCUCAACCCAAGCACUCUCAUCAUGCACAGCAUCCCACGCAUUCCCGUGAACAUCUCUGACAGCACCUUAGCACAGAGGCUUCUCCAGUUCCCACAAGGUUCCUACUAUUUGAAAAACAACAGUAACAUGGAUGUGACAGGAAGCAUUGGCACUGUUGUUCCUGGGGAGUCUGGCACGGUUGCUUUGGGGACAGCAGCCAAUACUGUAUCAGUUGUAUCAUCAGGAUCAUCAUAUGGGUCGGCAGUAUCAUCAUAUGGGUCAGCAGUAUCAUCAUUUGGACCAUCAGGAUCAGUUGUACCAGUAGGAUCAGUGGUCCCAGUAAUGGCCACAGAAGCUAUCUACAUUCCUCAGUCUCAUACACUGAACCAAUCUCUUGCUAAUGCCUUUGGAGAUACCAGUCUGAAGAGCUGCUCAAGUAUCACACUGGCUGUGCAUGCUGGCGACCAAGUGACCAGUGUUGGUUCAAAGUCUUCUGAAGAUUGUGCAGGACUAACUAAAUCUUCAAACUGUGGUGAUAUUCAGCCCCGUGUUGGACCCCCUAGGAAAAAGAAAUGUAAAAUCAUUAACAUGAUAUCAAAGAAAUGGCCAUGACAGUAAAACCGUACAAUGAAUUUGUUGAUGAAAUAUACCGAACAAAUAUUUUUAAUGUUCAAUGCUAUGAGCUGUUUUUUUAAGAAUUCAAGAUUUAUUUUUUACAAUUUUUAAAGAAUAUUCUAGUUUUGAUAUUAAUGUUUUCAAACUUUUUGUGGUGUAAAAAUGUUUGUUUUUGCUUUAAUUUUUGUUUUUUGUAUUUGUUUUGUAUAUGAAUAUGAACUAGGUUGUGACAAAGUAUCUACCAGUAUAAUGUUCCAAUAAACUAGAUACAGAUGUUUUUACCAAUACCGUUAAUACUGAGUAUAAUCAUGAUAUAUUCGAAAUGAAUGUUGGUACAGUCACCGAGAAUGUAACUUGGUAUGACUUGAUACAAUCAGUUCAAAUGUGACUUGGAAUGGCUUGGUAUCAGUACAGUUAGUACAAAUAUGACUAGGUAUGGCUUAGAACAAUCACUACAGAUGUUAGUUGGUAGAAUUAGUAUGUAUGUGACUUGGUAGAGUUCAGCACCAAUUUGACUUGGUACAAUCAGCACCAAUUUGACUUGGUACAGUCAGCACCAAUUUGACUUGGUACAAUCAGCACCAAUUUGACUUGGUACAGUCAGUACCAAUUUGACUUGGUAUGACUUGGUACAGUCAGUACAGAUGCGACUUAGUAGAAUUAGUUCAGAUGUGACUUGGUAGAAUUAGUAUAGAUGUGACAUGGUAGAAUUAGUACAGAUGUGACUUGGUAGAAUUAGUACAGAUGUGACUUGGUACAGUCGGUACAGUCAGUACAGAUGUGACUUGGUACAAUCUGUAGAGAUGUCACUUGUAUAAAAGAUCCCUUGCUGCUUUAUUGGUAAGAGUAUCCCAUGUAGCAGCAGCCGAUUCUCUCUGUCUCUUUCUCUCUCUCUCUCUCUCUCUCUCUCUCUCUCUCUCUCUCUCUCUCUCUCUCUCAUUAUGCCUUUCUUUUUAAUUUAUAUCAAAGCUUUUCCAGAAUUUGUCACAUGGGAGGGGUUUGGGGCAAUUGGUUUUACCUGUAUAUGUCCACCACCUACAAAACUAAAUUUUAUUUAAUCCAUAUAUGUAUACCAAACCAAAUACUAGCAUAUGCACCAUGCAUAUAAUAAUAAUUACAGUGUGUUUGCUUGAUGCGUGGUUGGUCUGGGGUCGAUUUCUCGCUCCAGCCAGUGCACCACGACUGGUAUAUCAAAGGCCAUGGUAUGUGUUAUCCUGUUUGU